AUGGCGCGUUUGUCGGGUUUGCGGCAAAUGUUGUGGUGCAUUAUUCUUUGUACGGUUUUUUUAGGUACUGGAGGAGCCAAAAAUUCUUCUACAUUACAGUUUUUGAUGCUGUUUGCGAGGGAAUUUCACUUGUAUGAAUGGAGUGGUGAUAAUUAUUGUACUUGGCGCGGGAUCACUUGCAGUGACGAUAAUGUGUGGGUGAAUCUUUCGCAUUCUAAUCUGAGUGGUGAAAUUCCAGAUCUUUUAGAAAAUUAUCGUGGAAACAGGGUGAUUUCUGUGGAUCUUUCGUUUAAUCCGUCUGUUCGUGGUUGCAUUAAGGAAAGUUGGCGAAAACUAGUGUUAGUACAAUUCAUAAAUCUGAGUCAUACAUCACUGAGUGGAACCAUACCUUCCUCUUGGAAAGACCUACAUGAGCUUGUCGAACUAGAUGUAAGUCACACAAACCUGACUACAUUGCCGGAUUGGCCUAUCGUUAAAUUACCCAGAUGUCGACGCUUGAAUUUUGCUGGUAAUAAUAUUUCUGGAAAGCUUCCAGCGUCUUGGGGUUCACUACCAUCGUCAAGUGUUCUACAGGAAUUGGAUUUAAGAGGGAAUAGGUUUUGUGAUUGUAUGCCUACUACCUGGAAUUUGCCAGUUCUUCGGGUUGCAGCGCGGCGCUCAAGUCCUCUUCUCGUUGUACCCCUGUGCAAUGAAACGAAUUCCUGUAGUAAAACAUAUGAUGGUCUUCAUAGGGACUUUGGCACUUUUCUUUUUUUGAGGGCUUUAGCAGUUGCCCUCUCCUUAGAAUGGGAGGGCAGGGAAUAUUGUAAAUGGGAAGGAGUUAUAUGCCCAGAACAUUCAAAUGAGGGAAUUCGUGUCGAUUUAUCUUUCCGUGAACUUGUGGGGGAAUUACCAUCUUUAUAUGACGUAAGAGCACCUGUGCUUGUUGAUUCCCUAAUUCUAUCAGGUAACAAAAAUAUUAGAGGUAGAUUUCCUGAAUUUUGGGGAGAAAAACUCUCACUUCUGCGUGAGAUAGACCUUAGUGGAACUUCCUUGUACGGGGAGAUACCGGAUGAAUGGAGGAGAAUGGAAUAUAUAGAGAAAAUACGUGUGAGUAAUAUAAUGGCAUGUCAAGGACUUCCACGUUGGAAUGGGAAGACGCUUCAUCACCUGCGAGAAGUAGAUUUUUCUUACAACGGUUUUCGAGGGACCUUGCAGGAUGAAUGGUCAUCAUUAAACCUACAAUCACUGAACAUUACUGGUAACAGUUUUUGCGGUUGUAUCCCUUCGAGUUGGAAAGACGUUGAACUCCUUAAUUCUGCUGCAGUAAUUGCAAAUCCUCAACUGUUAUACAAAAACUGUUCUGUCUCAAAUGCGUGUGGAAAUGUCAAUAGUCGAUGCUUCGUAGAUAACGGUGGUGAAAAACUGAAUCAAGACGAUACCUUGCAGUUUCUCAAGACGCUUAAACACUCACUCCGUGGAGAUUUUCAGGAAUCAUGGGGUGGUAUGAAUUACUGUGGUAGCAAUUGGAAGGGUGUGAGGUGCAACAACAAUAGUAGUGUCCUGGAGGUGCGUCUCAACCUUAGUGGAAGUUCUCUAAAUGGUACUCUUCCAGAGGUUUCUCCUUAUAUUAAUGGUGCGCGCGUAGCAAUUGUAUCGAUUGAUUUAUCUAACAACAGUGGUAUUACGGGUUUGUUUCCCUCAACCUGGGGUACCCUUACGCAGCUUCGUGUAAUUGAUUUGGGAGAGACGAACAUUUAUGGCCCUAUUCCAUGGCAAUGGAGGACACUACGAAAUCUUGAAGAAAUAUACGUAAAGCGUACACUGGCAUGCCUAGGACUACCGUCAUGGGAUGAGAAAAAUAUGCCAAAUCUAAGGCGUGUAGAUUUCUCCUCAAAUGUUUUACAUGGAUAUCUUUCAAGUUCAUGGGGAUCUUUUACAAAGUUAACUUACUUUAAUAUAAGUAAAAAUCGUUUUUGUGGUUGUAUUCCAUCAACGUGGAAAUCUUCAGUUUUAAGGGAGGCAGCCAUAUUAGCCAAUCCUGCUCUUGAUGAUGAAAACUGUGAAACUGUUAAUAUUUGCCGUAGUCCCAACAUGCGAUGUUAUUUAGGUCCAGAAGGUUCUCCAACGACACCAGAUCCAACAACGUUGGCUUUAGCCAAAAUCUCGAAGUCUUUUGGUGGUAUUAUUACAUGGGACGGAGAUAACUAUUGUAAAAAUUCGGGAGGGAUUACUUGUGGGUCAUAUGAAAAUACUGAUGGGAGUAUACUUAACUUGAGUCAAAUGGGUUUGAUUGGUACUUUGCCAGAAUUGGACGGAAUUUCUCAUGGUUCAAUUUCAUUGUCUUCAAUAGACCUCUCAAAUAAUAUUGGAAUAACUGGAACUCUUCCAGCUUCAUGGAGUGGACUUAUCCACUUGCGAAGUUUGAAUCUUAGCAAUACUUCAAUUAAAUCUACAGUUCCCAACAAAUGGGAAGAGCUUAAGAGUCUUGAAUACCUCUCCAUAUCAAGAGCAUCUCUUUAUGGUUCACUGCCAAUAUGGGACGGGGCGAAACUGGUAAAAGUAAAAAGGAUUGAUUUCUCUUCCAAUAAUUUCUCUGGUGUCCUUAACGACUCAUGGUUCUCAUUUGCCGGAUCAAAUUUAGAGUACCUUGAUAUUAGUGAAAACAAUAAUUUGUGCGUUUCUAGGAGAUCCUUCUGGAUGAGGUCUGCAUUACUACUAGAUUCAUUGUUCAGGGCGUCUUUGGAUGUAAAAGAAAACUGUCUCAUUUUUGAAAAUGGCAGUUCAAACCAAUCAGACGGUUCUGUGCACGUGCAGACGAGAUAUACCUUAGCAAUGAUUGUAACAAUACAAUUCGCAAUAAUAUCUACGCUAUUUUAA